AUGACAGACAAUGAGAUGUUGCUUUUCUCCCUACUAUUGGCAAGUCACGGAGCCACUGGUCUCCGCGGCUACCGGCUCUUCAAGGGCUCUCUGGGCAGCGGUAUCAGUCAGCGUCUCGGCGGCGGCGGCGGCGGCGGCUUGAGCAUGGGAAGUUUGAGCAGCUUCGGAGGAUUCGGACACACCGGUGGCGGCUUUGGCGGAGGUGGAUUCAGUACAGGCAGCUUCGGUGGAAGCGGCGUGGGUGGUGGAAACUUCGGAGGUGGAAAGCGCAACCAAGUCUACAUUGUCGAAUAUGUUCGAAGCAAUCAGAAGGGUCACAGUUCUGGCUUCGGCAAGUCGGCAGGAGGGGGCUUUGGCUCGGGGCCCAUCUACAUCAUCCAGCAGAUUAGCGGGGGUGGUGGCGGCGGUUUCGGAGGUGGCGGUUUCGGCGCAGGUUGGAAGCCCGGAGCUAUGGGUGGAUUCAGUGGUAGUGGAUGGAAAGCCACUGGCGGUGGCGGGUGGAAGGCAACUGGAGGCUCCGGUGGCGUGUGGAACAUGGGAGGUGGCUUCGGCGGCGGCUGGAAACCGGCAGGUGGUGGGCUAGGAGGCGGAUGGAAGGCAGGAGGUGGCGGUGGAGGUGUCACUGACACCUACGUAGUGAUCACCAGCAAAACCAGUGGUGGUGGAGGUGGUGGCUGGUGGUGAGCAGGUGGCUCACUUGCGAGCACUUGACGGAUCUCUCUCAGGUAUUUCAGCAGGACGUACUCAGCGGUCAUCUAGCGCCAUAACUGAGGCCAUUGACUAUUCGAGUCAACCUUGGAAGUAUUCCUGAGCAGCAACUUCGGUGUGAUGCAACAAAACAGCCCUACACGCACCCUCCUCUUUUGUACAAAAGCUAGCACAUUCUUCUCCACUUGCGAAGAAAAGCCUACCAUGUCAACUUGCAUCAACAUCUUUCAUCAUCGUCCAUCAUGAAUGACAACUGCGAUUACAUUGGCUCACACUCAGACGUGAAGUCCUCAUACCGCACGAAUAACACAACGCGAAGUCCUUCCUGCUCGCCUCAUCGCCUUACAAUGUGCUAAAAUGUGCUGAAACCACAGUUGUCAUGCUCUCACUUUUAACUGAUGAAGCGUUUAUGAAUAAAGGUUUUAAUCGUGUUGCUGAUUGCAUCGAAGCACAAAGACGAAGAAAAGCAGAGAGAUAUUGUAUAUUUUUCUGCAUAUGAAUGCAGAUGGCGUAGAUAUCAGUGCAAUAAAAUUG